AUUUUCAGUAAAUAUUUUUGCUGGGAAAUAUUAAAUUUUUUUCGUUAUUAAAAACAUAAAAAUUCAAAAUAAAUCCUAAAACAAAAAUGGAGGAAAAUGUUGCAAACAUAUUUAAUUUAAUCAGUUCACUAUCACCAUAUUAUCAAAUUGGAGUUGGUGCAACGUCGGGAUGGUUAACUGGCUUCAUAUUGAUGAAAAUUGGUAAAUUUGCUGCUAUUUUACUUGGAAGUGCCAUAAUUCUUAUAAAAAUUGCCGAAAAUGAAAGAUUUAUUGAUAUCGAUUGGUUAAAAGUUAAACAAAAUGUUGAAAAUUUUUCUAUAAAGUCUCCCAAUAAUUUGACUCUUGGAAAUACUGAAGGCAAUGUAGAAAACUUUGUAAUUUCAUUUGCUGGUGGAUCUUUAAUAGGAAUUGGAUGUUCUUAAAUACACAAAGUCAAAGAAAUGUUCUUAAUAAACUCUUUAUAUCGCGAUAAACUUUUUUAUGUGGAUUAUCGAUGGAUUUGUGUUUUAAACAAGGUUGACAAUUGUUAUAUGCCUAUAUUAUAGCCUAUAGUGUAAUCUUUAGUCUGGUCUAGUUUAUAGUCUAAUAUAUAUUUCGUUAGAAUUUAUCUGUUAUUAUGAGUGCCGACAAUUAUAUGUUAAAUAAAUUUGUAAUAAAGAAUUAUUAAUAAUAACCAUUGAACAACAUUGCCGUUUAUUAAU